AUGUUGGACAUGUACAAUAACCAGAAAAGUGAAUGGGACAUGGUUGCCCCAGUCCAAGGUUAUUCGAAGGAUGAUCCAUUCCAUGAUGCUUCCUACUCUCAAAUGACUAGCUCAAACUUCAAGCUAUCACUACCAGAUGUCUCCUCCCACCAAUACAGCUAUCCACCCCCAAUACCGGAUCCAAACUACCAGGACGAUCUGGAUGGGUUAUUUAUGGAUGCGGCAGCGCUGCAGAGUCUCGAUAUCUCUCUGGGCAAGACUGAACCAGACGGUAACGAGGGCAACUUCUAUGCCAUGUAUGGCUCAAGCUCCCAGGACCCUUCUAUGAAGAAAAGGUUUGUCAAGACUCAUAACAAGAGACAGAGUGGAAGUGCCAUCUUUGGAUUCGUUGGAUCUGGUCACAAAGCAAAACUUUCCAUUUCUGGGAUUCCUGAAAUUUCAGCCUCAGAUAUCAAGUAUGGACAUGGAAGAUAUGGCUCCUACGACUACACCGGAUUGUCCAGUUACAUGCAAGCUGCUCAACAGCCUAUUCGUUCAGUUCAUCCCACUCCGCACACCUCGCCAGUGAGAAGGCCUAACAGCCAAUACGAGGGAGACUUCAUAGUGACUGCCAAUGCUGCUGAAAACUACAAGUUUCCGCGGGAGCCCAGUUUGCCGGUGGAGCCUCAGUUGCCUGUUUUGAACCAUUAUAGUGCUGAUUAUCUCAAGAAUUUGAGCAAAAUGCUCAAAAACCAAGAUGAGGCUGACUUGAGUUUGACCGAACAAUAUCUGAACUUGGAACAGAACGAGCAGCACAAGCCGGAGACGAAUCCAUUCUUCUUUGAGGAAAGUCCCCUCCACUCUACUUACAAGGAACCCCAGCCUUUAGCACCAAGUAAGUUCUACAAUGAGCCACCUCCGCUGGAGGAACAGUCCGAGAAGAAACCUGAUUUGCGAUUCGACGCGGUUCCUCAAUUGGCCUACACCCCCGAGUCUCCAUCGGAGAAGUCUCGCUCCAGUUCUCCGGAAAGGGCAAGUUCGUUGGAGUUUGAAACUCCAUCAAAGAAAUCCCCUGUGGAUGCUGAAGGUAUUGUGUGGACGCCGGUUUUGGUCACGAAAAAAGACACAAAAACAGAGAAGAUAAUCAAGGCCCAGCAAUCUCCCGCCAGAAGAGAAUCCACUAUCAAGACCACCCUCCCAAGAGGCCAUCUGGAUCAGCAUUUUGUGGGCCCAGACAAGGACAAUAAGUUCAAAUGUAUUUUCAACGACUGUGGAAAACUGUUUGGAAGAAUUUCCAACAUUAGAACGCAUAUCCAGACGCAUUUAUGCGACAGACCAUUUUCUUGCCAAGAUUGUGGGAAGUCUUUUGUGAGACAUCACGAUUUGAAAAGGCAUAGAAAAGGACAUGAAGAGUUCAAAUUUGCUUGUCCCUGUGGCAAACUGUUUCCUAGACCAGAUGCUUUGAAAAGGCAUAGAUCCAGAAUGAUAUGUUCUGGUGGACUAGCUGACGAAAACCACAAGGUCUCAAAGCAGUCUAAGGCUCCGAAGUCUUCUACCUUAUCUACUGGUACUCUCAGUAAGGUUCAAUUGAAACAAAUCGAGCAAAAUGUUGCCAGAACUCAGGAGCAAAAAUCGCCAAAAAAACUAAAUUCCUCGAGCUCGGGAUUUUCGGAAGGUCAUACAUCUGAUGAAAGUGUUGAGCCAUCUUCAAGACUCUACUCUAUCAGUGAUGGGAAGACGGAUGCGGAUGAUUCCGAAUUUUCUUUCUCGGCUUUUGACGAUUUUAAAGCGAGUGCAGAAGGUUUCAUAUCUGUGUCUUGA